CAGCAAUGAGAGAGGAUGUAUCAGUAUGUCGAUGGAAAUGAAAUACGCCAAGUUUUGGCUAAAAGACAACUUAUUCUCCGUCAAUUCUUCCUACAAAUGCAACGUUGAGCUGCAACCACCUCAAUAGGUUAUGGGCCCAGGAGUCAUUCGAAGGUAAAGUCAGUUUCCACCGUGUAGAAGGUCGCGAAGGACAGCGUGCUCACGGACUGCUGAUUAGCGGAAAAAGCUAACAAGCAACAUGGAUCCACGAGGAACAAGUAGGUUACCUCGACUGGCAUUUGAUGGAGAUGAAGCUAAAUAUGAACUCUGGGGAAACUAAAAUGUUGGGACAUUUUCAUCUAAUCGGGCUAAAGAAGACAGUGCUGGUAGGACCAACCACUGAAGCCGAGAGAGAAAAUGAUGAAAUGAAAAAUGCGGACGCCUAUGCUGAAAUGAUACAACUUCUUGAUGAUAAAAGCCUCUCGUUAAUAAUAAGAGAUGCGCCAAAUGACGGAAGAAAAGCUCUGAAAAUAUUAAGAGAAUAUUAUGCUGGGAAGGGAAAACCCAGGAUUAUAAAUUUGUACACCAUGCUAACAUCUCUUCAAAAGGGAACCGAAGAAAGCAUAGUGGACUACAUAAUAAGAGCUGAGACCGCCAUCACAGCAUUGCGAAAUGCAGGUGAAACAUUGGGAGAUGGUCUACUUAUCGCAAUGGUCUUGAAGGGGCUGCCAGAAAAUUACAAGCCAUUUACAAUUCAUGUGGCGCAUACCGAUGAGAACAUGACAUUUGCAGAAUUCAAAACCAAACUCCGAAGUUUUGAAGAAACGGAAAAAUUAAAUGCAGAAGAAUCAAGCGACAGAGUGAUGAAGACUCAAGCAAGAGCUUCAAAGCAAACCACAAAAGCAAACGCUCGUGACCGGAUCAAAGACGACACAGAGUUGGUGUGCCUCAAAUGUGGGAUCAAAGGCCACCGUGCAAAAUCAUGUCGAUAAAAGACAUGGUGUAGUUGGUGCAAAACGGACACGCACAAAGACACCACUUGCAGAAGCAAGGAAACACCGGACGGAGCGAGAAAAAUUGCUGAAGAUGGAGAUCCUGACUCCGCGUUCAAGUUGAGAGAUGAACAGCCCGAACCCAGGCGGCAGGAUACACACAGCAUCCGGGAACGAGGCCUGAUGGUGGACACGGGAGCGACAUCUCAUAUCAUCACUGACGUGACCAAGUUCAAAAGCUUCCAGGAGAUGUUCAAACCAGAGAACCACAGCGUCGAGUUGGCAGAUGGUACCAGGUGCAGUGGAGUCACACUAAAAAAGAGGAGAUGCAGAGUGCUACCUGAUUGACAACAGAGGACAGCAGCGCAAGGCAACACUCAGAAAUGCACUCUUCAUACCAUUGUACCCACAAGACAUUUUUUCGGUGAAAGCAGCAACAUCGAGUGGAGCCACGGUACUUUUCAAAGAAGAUGCAGUACUCCUUCAAAAAAGUCUUUGGUAUAAAUACCACUCAAAUGGAGCUCUUUGAGGUGGUUGCCAAACCUCUAGUAGAGGACCUCAUUCAGUGUAAAAAUGGUCUGCUGUUUACAUAUGGUGUCACUGGAAGUGGUAAGACCUUCACUAUGACCGGCUCGCCUGGAGAGGGUGGACUUCUACCUCGCUCCCUGGACAUGCUCUUCAACAGUAUUGGCCCUUUUCAGGCCAAAAGAUUUGUGUUCAAGUCAGAUGACAAAAAUGGGAUUGACAUCCAGAAUGAUGUUGACGCUCUCCUGGAGAGACAGAAGCGAGAUGCUCAACCUUUAAUGCCCAAAACAAACUCCUCGAGGCAGAAGGCAGACCCAGAAUUUGCAGACAUGAUCAGUCCACAAGGGGAAUGUAAAGCUGAGAAUGUGGAUGAAGACUGUUGCUACAGUAUCUUUGUGUCUUACAUUGAGGUCUAUAACAACUACAUCUAUGAUCUUCUUGAAGACGCCCCCUUUGAUCCUAUUAGACCAAGAGCGCCUCAAUCCAAGAUUCUACGUGAAGAUCAAAAUCAUACCAUGUAUGUUGCUGGCUGCACAGAAGUUGAGGUCAAAUCUACAGAGGAGGCAUUUGAAGUAUUCUGGAGGGGUCAAAAGAAAAGGAGGAUUGCAAACACUCAACUGAACCGUGAAUCCAGUCGUUCCCACAGCGUCUUUACUUUAAAGCUGGUUCAGGCACCUCUCGAUUCUGAUGGUGACCACAUUCUACAGGACAAAAACCAGGUGACUGUGAGCCAGCUGUGUUUGGUUGACCUGGCAGGUAGCGAACGCACCAGCAGAACAAGAGCAGAGGGGAGCCGUUUGCGUGAAGCAGGUAAUAUAAAUCAGUCUUUGAUGACCCUGCGCACAUGUAUGGAAGUCCUCCGAGAGAACCAGAUGUGUGGAACAAAUAAGAUGGUGCCAUACAGGGAUUCUAAAGUCACUCAUCUUUUUAAGAACUACUUUGAUGGAGAGGGAAAGGUUAAGAUGAUUGUCUGCGUCAACCCAAAAGCUGACGAUUACGAGGAAACAAUGGCUGUAAUGCGGUUUGCAGAGAUGACACAGGAAGUGGAAGUUGCACGGCCAGUUGAUAGGCCAAUCUGUGGUCUUGCUGCAGGACGUAGGCAAAAAAAUCAGGCCUUCAAGGAGGAGUUGUCCCGUCGCCUGGAUGAACGAGGGAUUGUAGAUGACCCAGCUCUGCUUGAUCAACUGAUUGAAAGCUUUCCACCUUUGCCUCCCUGUGACCUGGUGGAUCCAGGAGAUGAUCAGACUCUACCACGCCUGAUUGAGGUUCUGGAGAGAAGGCAUCGUAUUCGCCAGCUGAUGACUGAGCAGUUCAAGAAAACUGCCAAUAUGCUGAAUUCCAUGCUUCAGCAGUGUGAUGGUCAGUUUGGUGUUAAUCAAAACUUAAUCCAAGACCAGCAAAGCAAUUUGAGCGAGAAGGAAAAGGUUAUUUUCAACCAAAGGGCAGAGAUCGAACGACUAACAAAGAAAUCCAAGACCAUGGAGUAUAAGAUUGAUAUUCUGCAAAAGACCACAAACAUGUAUGAAGAUGACAAACGCUUGCUAAAGCGGGAGCUGGAAACACAUUCUCAGAAGCUCCAGGAGGAACUGUUACAGAGGAAGCGAAUGGAGAAGUACAUGCAGGGAUUGGUCUCGGACACAAAACACAAAUGGGAAAAGGAGUGUGAGAGAAGGGUGAAUGCCAAACAGCUGGAGAUGCAGAACAAGUUAUGGGUGAGAGAUGAAAAGUUGAAGCAGCUCAAAGCGAUUGUUGCUGAGAACAGCAGCAGCAGUAACGCAGAGCGACCAGAAAAACCAGAACGGCCCUCCAGAAACGGAGAUCACAACUACGGCCAGAAGAGGUCUGGCUCGCCAUCACCGCCUCCUGACACCCGACAAGCAUCUUCCCAACAAAGUCAAGUUAAAUUUAGAACAGUUCAGGAUGAAUCCCCCACCAACGGUUCAUCUUAUACAUCAGUGGCAACCUCCAUAUCUGUGUGGGAGCAGAGGUGCCCUGUAGACUCAUUCUCGCAAAAUAGAGAAGCGGGGACCCCUCGGUGCAGGAACUGGACUCCUGCCAGCAGUGCGUGUCGCAGGAGAGGCCAACGCUUUGCCCCCGAAACUGAGGCCCCUGCAACCCGUCUGGUCAAUGAUCUAGACCUAGAGGCAGGCAUAAGGGCGACUCGGGAAAUUAAUCCAGUGCACAGACGUUCACACUCUGCAGGUGGGGUGAAAUGGGUAGACCACAAACCAGCUUCUAAUGUCGACAUAGGCACUGUCAUGCAGCCAAUCAUACCCAAUGCAAUCCAAGUGUCUUCCCCAAGUGAGAAAACUCUGGAUAAAUGUCAAAAGUAUGUUCUUAGACAUCAAGAGCUUGCCUCUGAUGGGGAGAUUGCCACCAAGUUGAUCAAGGGAAACAUUUUUAAAACAAGAAGUGGGGGAAAGGCUGUAGAGUUCACUGAUGUUGAGACAUUACGGCAGGAGGGCCCAAUUGCGCCAAGUCGCAAGAGGAGAUCAGGUUCUGCAGAGACACAAAAUAACACACCAGACCAAGAAAAUUGGGCUCCUGGUGAAAGCACAAGCAUGGCCCUUGGGUAUCAAAAACGCAGGAGGCCUUGAAGAUUUUUUUGUUUUGUUUUUGUAACGCUUUGAAUCCUAUUUUGACAUGACAUUUUAGAAUGCGUUUACAAUGCAUUAAGAUUCAUAGUCGUAAUGUACUGGAUUAUCGAUGCUAAUUUUUCUGUCCUGCUUUUUUGAACACCUGAUAACUUUAUACUGCCUCACAAGAUGUAAUAAGAUUUUUUGGAAUAAGUUUGUUAAAUAGUCAUAAAAUUCUAUGAUCAGCAUCAACUGUAUAUACUUAAAGCUAUGAAGUAGAUUUUGUCGAAAUUGAUGUUUGUAAAUACGUGUAACGAUGCUUUCAUUUUUUUAUUUCUGUAGAAAACACUCUAUAAGAUGCACUGCUUUUUUUUGGUGGCAUUAAAUCUAUUCAAAUGAAUUGAC